UGGAGUGCGGGGGAGGGGGCCCCGCGGGCCCGGGUCCCCGCAGCCCUCGCGUCCCCGCCAUUGGCAGAGCCGGAGGGGGUCAACCCCCCCCCGGAGGGGGGGUGAAUGGUACAGUCCUCCGCCCGCGCCCUGGCCGGGCCCGCAGCGAGCGAAAGGCGAGCCCAACGCAGCAGUUGCCGCCGCGGCGGAGCCGAGAGCCGAGCCUGGAGGUGGCGAUGGAGGGAGUAAGCAGCCACCGGACCCUGUCCUACAGCCGCUGGAGCUACGACAGUGUCUUAGAUGAUGAGGGCAGCAACCUGAGGCAGCAGAAGCUUGACCGGCAGCGGGCCCUGCUGGAGCAGAAGCAGAAGAAGAAGCGCCAGGAGCCCCUGAUGGUGCAGGCCAAUGCGGAUGGGCGGCCCCGGAGCCGGCGGGCCCGGCAGUCGGAGGAGCAGGCCCCACUGGUGGAGUCCUACCUCAGCAGCAGCGGCAGCACCAGCUACCAAGUUCAAGAGGCCGACACGGUUACCAGUGCACAGCUGGGAGCUGCCCGCCCAACAGCACCAGCCUCAGCCAAGAGAACCAAGGCAGCCGAAGCAGCGGGGGGCCAGGGUGGGGCCUCUAGGAAGGAGAAGAAGGGGAAGCACAAAGGCACCAGCGGGGCAGCAGCACUGGCAGAAGACAAGUGUGAGGCCCAAGGCCCGGUGCAGAUCCUGACUGUGGGCCAGUCAGACCACGCCCAGGACGCGGGGGAGACGGCGGCUGCUGGGGGCGCACAGCCCAGCGGGCAGGACCUCCGUGCCACGAUGCAGAGGAAGGGUGUCUCUAGCAGCAUGAGCUUCGAAGAGGAAGAGGAGGAUGAGGAUGAGAAUAGCUCCAGUUCUUCCCAGCUGAACAGUAACACCCGCCCCAGCUCCGCUACCAGCAGGAAGUCUGUCAGGGAGGCAGCCUCGGCCCCCAGCCCAACAGCUCCAGAACCCUCGGCGGAUGUUGAGGUCCAGGAUCUUGAGGAGUUUGCACUGAGGCCGGCCCCACAAGGUAUCACCAUCAAGUGCCGCAUCACACGGGACAAGAAGGGGAUGGACCGGGGGAUGUACCCCACCUAUUUCCUGCACCUGGACCGUGAGGACGGGAAGAAGGUGUUCCUCUUGGCGGGAAGGAAGAGGAAGAAGAGUAAAACUUCCAAUUACCUCAUCUCCGUGGACCCAACAGACUUGUCUCGAGGAGGGGACAGCUACAUCGGGAAACUGCGGUCUAACCUCAUGGGCACGAAGUUCACUGUUUAUGACAAUGGAGUCAACCCUCAGAAGGCGUCAUCCUCUACUUCGGAAAGUGGAACCUUGCGUCAGGAGUUGGCAGCCGUGUGCUAUGAGACAAACGUCUUAGGUUUCAAGGGGCCACGGAAGAUGAGUGUGAUCGUCCCAGGCAUGAACAUGGUUCACGAGAGAGUCUCCAUCCGGCCCCGAAACGAGCACGAGACGCUGCUAGCGCGCUGGCAGAAUAAGAACACGGAGAGUGUCAUUGAGCUGCAGAACAAGACUCCUGUCUGGAAUGACGACACGCAGUCCUACGUACUCAACUUCCACGGGCGCGUCACACAGGCCUCCGUGAAGAACUUCCAGAUCAUCCAUGGCAAUGACCCGGACUACAUUGUGAUGCAGUUUGGCCGUGUAGCAGAGGACGUGUUCACCAUGGAUUACAACUACCCACUGUGUGCGCUGCAGGCCUUCGCCAUCGCCCUGUCCAGCUUUGACAGCAAGCUGGCCUGCGAGUAGAGGCCUCCUUGGACCCUUUGGGGUUGCCCGGCCUGGAGUGGAGCUGCCUGCGGAGACAGCCCUGCUUACCGUCUGUACAUAGGCCUCCUGCCAGAUGAACCUUCUGCUCUCGGUGGCUCCCUGGCCCCUCUGCCUCCACUGCUGAGAUGGAGGACUAGAUGGGGGAGGGGUGUGUGAAGGGACCAGAGUGAAUUCUUCCUGGGCCCUGGGUCCACACACACCCUCCACUCUUGGGCUAGUAUCCUGCUGCAAUCACAUUUGCCAAGCUGGGCGGCCUCUUCAGCUGCAAAGGUAGGAAGACGUGUCAAGGGAGAGGAAGCACAAUGCAGGGCUGCUGUGGCCUAGCCAGCCACUCAGCCUAGCAGUCAAGGGACAAUGGGUCCCCAAUACUGAAGGACACAGUGAGUGUAAGUAGGGGUUGGGUACAUUAACUUUACACAGAAGGGCAAGGACCGGCUGCCAAGUCCUUUGCUAACUACAGAAAGUCCUCUGGCUUCAGAAGGCCUCCUAGGGCUGAGGGAAAGGUGAGGGGCAGGACCUUGUCAGGGCUCUAGAGGCCUGGCUGUGGUGGGAAUGGGCCGGGGGCCUAGCUCAUUUGAGUUCUCUAGGUUUUCUGUGUGUGCACAGAGGCAGGCAGCAGGAAGCUGGGCCUCCAGGCCAGGUGUCUUAGAGGGUGGGGCCUGCAGGAGACAGGCCCACAUGCAGGAGGUGCAUGAACAGGCUCCCUUGACCAGGGCUGGCUCAGGAGUCCUGUCAACUGCCAGAGGAGCUUUCUGCUGCGCGGCUCCUGCCCAGGUCCCAGUAAGUGUGGACAGGGCCCAGGUCUCCAGUGGGUGGAGUGCCACUUGGGAACAUUCUAGCUCAGUGCUCUUGCCCAUGCUCAGCUCCUGUUGUGCCCAGUCUAGGUUGUGGCUGAAGACUCCUGGGUGGGAGUGGGGCAGGGCGAAGAAAGCAGGGAGUAUUUUAGAACCACACGAGCUAAGCGAUCGCGGGACCUAUAGACACGAACUAGUAGUACAACACGUCACUUUAGGUGGAUCAUAAUAGAAAUUGGGACUUGCACUGGAUCACCUGGCUGGUUAGUGGCAGACUUCAGAACUUCCGGCCCCUUGAUUUCUUUGUUCCUACCAUCCCCCAGGAAAAUGCUGUCUCUGGUUCUCUGGUCUUCCUGGAACCCAGCAACAUACCCUCACCCUUUUGUCUGAUUAGAGACUUAAAAAUGUCAGAAUCGAUAUUGGAAAUUGAAACCAUUUCAGUGGGAAAUGAGGCAAUUUCCUGCUGAAAGCUGGGUUUUUGGAUAUCUAGCUUUGGAAGGGUGGCAGGCCUUAGCAUGGCUGCUGCCCCUUUCUUUGAGUGUUUCAGGGCGAGGCCUGCUCUCCACCUCGAUCCUCCUCCUGGGAUGGUACCAUCUACCCUGAAGCCUUGGGAAUGCUAAGCCAAGCCCUUACCCGUUUUGUCAUUUACCGCGGCAGAGGCUCUUUGCCCAGGUGGACGUCAGAGGGAAGCAAGCAGGAAUAGCUUCUCCCUUCAGAGAUGUGCGUGGACAGGCAGUAUAGAAAUCUUUUCAUUUUAACAAGUCCUAAACACUCUAGUAUCUGUACUGUGCGGGAGUUGUUCUGACCUAGGUGGAGGGUAAGAAGUCUAAGAUUUCCAUGCUGAGUGUCACAACAAGGCACACUUGUUCUAGGGGGUCUGCGGAAGGCCCUUCCCCUGGUCUAGUUUCUGGACCUUGCUCGAGGGCUUUUGUAGACCAGGGCUGGUCCACUUCCUCUCCUCACUUUGGGAAGAGACCUGCUGACAUUUGGGAUUGUGGAAAAGGUAGAAGCCCAGUGGCAAACUCUCACAGCCUGCUUUCUUGUCAGAUACUUAGAGCAGGGUGGUUGGGGAGUCUGGUGGGGUCAGGAACGUAGGCUGUGCUUCCAGCCUUGCCAUGGGCAGGCAGCGCAGCAGCAAAGCUCUGUUGAGCACUGGGUGAUGAGCAAGAGCAGCCGCGGCACCUGCUUGAGCCCCAGCCUCACAAGCUCUGUUCCUAAGGCCCCAUACCUGGUGAUGCUGGUUUUCCCUGUCCAAACAGCUGCCAGGGCCCCUGGGCACCGCCUGGGCUCAGCAUCUCCCACGGUAAGAGCUCUUGCCCUCCAUACCCUCCACCGGCUUGGUCCUUGACAGGCAGGGGACUGGCUGAGCCCUGAGGGUGGUGGGCAGCUGGGACCUGGGGCAGCUCCUCGGUAACUGCUCCUGGGGCCGCCCCCCAAACAGCUCUUCUGUAGAGCCGGGAUGUUCACUUCCCCACUCUUCUCCAACUCUAGCUUUUCUUUCCUUCUGGCUCCAAGGUGCUCUGUGUCUGUGUCUCUGUGUGUAACUGGGGAAAAGGGCAAUCUGCAAAUCACUAACUGAGGUUUCUUACUACGAUCAUAUUUCUAAGGAUGAGUGGGAAAGGAAUAAGGAUAUUAGGAUCACCUGUGGAUUUUGUUCGUUCAUUUCAUGCUCUUUGAUCGGAAAGUAGACCCGGGGAAGUACCAGCUCUUUCUCCCAAGGGUUCAAGAGAUUUUAGCUUUUCAGUUCCAUUUUGCAUUAUCUGAAAAAUUGGUAUGUUACAUGCAUGCUUUUGGAUGAAUUUGAACAUACUCUAGUGAAUGUGCCUUAAAAAUCACGACACUAGUUUAGGAGGAGCAGGUAAGGUCCAGACUCGUGCUGAGGACAGGCACUGGAAGCUUGCAAGGGUGAUCAUCACUUGAAGCCUGCAUCCUUCAGUGACAAAAAGGGCAACAAAAUGACAAACAGAAGCUUGUCUUUGGUCUGGAAAUACUUAGAGGUAAAUGCUCUGCCAGUUUACAUUUAGAGGCAGUUCUAAACUUAAUAAGCAGCGGUGAGGACUUCAACCAUAGGAAGUACAUGCUUUCCUCACAGUGGGGGCUGCAGUGAGCCGUGUCCAUGGCUCUGUUAUGCAAGCACAAAUUAUAUUUCCUAUCUGGAGUCCCUGCUUUCCCCUUACUGUGGUAACACUCGCUCUUCCCUUUCUAGAAUUCUUUGCUAAGCUAUACCUGUGACCUCCGGCUACCAGGUGGCCCUCAGAGCACACUUUUCCAGAUAGCUUCAGGAGUCUGCAAUCUCGUGCCCAGCACUGAACUGUAGCCCCCAGGAACAGGCCAAGGUAUGGGCUCUUGCUUUGAGUUUCCUGGUUACCUGUCCAUCUGUACCUCCAGUUUGCAAUUCUGUCAUCUCAGGAUAUGGGGAAGGAGAGGCAUAGCAGAAGUAUGGGGAUAGGUUUAAUUUUUGGACCAAGUUGAGAGGCAAGUUGGUCUUACAGAGAGCACUACUGCAAUUAGUAGCUAGGCGAUUCUGAGCAAACCAGUUCUCCAGACUGUUUUCUCAUCUACAGCCAAGGAGGUUGGACUGUCGAAGUCUGAGCGGGAAGAUUCAGGGCGAAUUAAAGUUGAUCCCUGCUUUCAUCACUACCUUUUCUGGCUCAUCACUGUGCCUUUUUUCUUUCCAAAAAACACGUCACACCCCUUUUCUCUCUUCUGUUUUCUUGUCCUUCUCCCUUCCCCCAUUAAGGAUCAAGGUCCAGGCAGCGCUAUGGAUUAGGCCAAGAUCCAGAGUUUCCUAGAGAGUAAUUUUGAGUGACUUAGAAAGGAAGCCCGUCUCGGGCCUAAGGCCCGAGUUACACAGGGGACUUGGUCAGGAUGGGUGGCACUUCUCUAGCUGGGAAUUUACAUUUAGCCAGUUUUCAUAAUGCCUAGAAUGUGUAUGUCUAUUUGCACAAGAUUAUCUUUUCCUAUUCUGGAGUGGUCAGACAUUUUAUUUUUGUUCAAAAUUAUCUGGAGUUUUAGACAAACUUGCAAAACUGUGCUUUUAUUAAGUGACUUUUUGAAUAAACUCUUUGGUAUUCUUGAGCAAAUGUAUUUAUUUACUGGUAUGUGCAAUGACAAAGUUGGUAUUUUCCCAUGUUAACAUUAUAUAUGUUGUAGAACUUAAGUGUUUGUCUAAGUACACACCAUAUAUCAACAAAUUAAACUUGAACUGUUUCACAACA